UUUUCACAAUCGUUCCUCACAUAUUUAUAUAACAUUUAACUAUUUAACAUGUUACCUAAUGAUUGUAAACACUCGAAAAAAAGAAGUAAGGCUACAAUAAAUACUUUUAAGAUGAAGGAGAAACGCGAAUUUGUCCUUGACCCGAAAUGGUUGAACUUGAGUUUUUCAAGUCAUUUCCAGCUUUUCUUGACUAUUCUAGAAACUCCUUCUGGCAAUAAUAAGCUAUUCGCAGAAGAUGACCAAGAAAAAAAUAGAAAGGAGCUAGGUAUAAAAAAUUUUUUACACUCUUAACGGAGCUAGAGAAAUCUUCGUCGCUAGAAACCACAUCCGGAAAAAACUCGGUAAUGAGUAACUCGCAUAUUUUCACUCGGGAUGAAAGAUGACAUCACAUCUUUUCAACCUUUUCACUUUGGAGGGACUACUGUCGGAACCGAAAAAUAGCCCGAGGAGUGAUAUUUAGGAAACAACACAAGCAAUAUGCAGAAACAUUUGUUUCUUUCCUUUUUUCUGUCAAUUCCAACCAAGUUCAUUCUAGAGAUCAAAGUGUACUAACCCCUAAUUUGUUCGGAGGUCGCCGGACAACCUUGAAAGCGACAAUGAUCCAUCUGGUGGUCGGAAUGUGCGGAGCCGUUUUUUUUCUUCUCGGACAGUAGCAGCCAGCCGUCUACGUCACGUGAUAGAAAUCGGCGUUCUCGUACAUAAGCACAGACGACCUGUACAGCGAGGUUACAAGCACAUCAGAACAGGUAGAGGCAGGUGGGAGAAAGUGGACGCAGGCAUUGGAGGUCUUAUUAAAAUGGACCUUUGGCAAUCUGCUGUAGUCAUUUUGGCACUACUAGUUACGAGGCAUGUUUCUUCCCAACUUAUUACAAAGGCAGAUCCCGGCCUCAUUACCGAUGUCAGUAUCGCUUGUAAUAGUAAUAAUAUAUUAGUGACGAUAUCUACGGCUACUAACUUCAACGGGAUGAUUUACCCCAAAGGAUUAUCUAAGAAUUCUACUUGUAUGUCGGAAUAUAGCAAUGCCGGUGCUAAUGUCAGCUAUAUUUUACCCUUGAGAUCUUGCAACACCAUGAGCACUGAUAUGGAUGACGGAGUAGAAUACUUCAACACGGUCGUGAUUCAACCCCAUCGUAAACUGGUGACCAACCAAGGACGAGGUUACCAUAUUAGAUGCAGGUAUCAGACUAAAGAGAAGACCGUCACUUCUUCUUUCAAUGUCAGUAUGAUCGGUACCACACCUUUAGUAGCUACGGCGCCAAUGCCUGUCUGUUCUAUGAAAAUCUAUCUGGGAGAUCCACAAAGAGGAAUCGUAGCAGAAAACGUUCGAAUUGGAGAUCAAUUAACUCUAGUUAUAACUAUCGAUUUGCAAGACGUUUACGGGAUGAAAGUGACCAACUGUAUUGUCAGAGAUGGAAUGAACUGGGGUGAACAGCCUCUGAUUAAUAACGAAGGGUGUCCAGUAGAUGAGGAUAUUAUGGGUGCAUUUAAUUACACUCUUAAUAUAACAACAGCAUCAGUUGGAUUUCCAGCUCAUAAAUUUCCGUAUACUUCUUCAGUUUACUAUCAAUGCAACGUCAAACUUUGCCUGAAGCAAACCGGCGGAUGCGAUGAUGUGCCUCCUGAUUGUAGUCAAUCGGCGGGAGGAAAUAAAAUAAGAAAAAGAAGAAAUUCCGAUUUCAAAAGAACUGUAACUGAUAUCAGUCGCUAUGAAGAUGAUGUUAAAGAUUUAACAGUUGAAGUUUAUUCGGGUCUUUAUGUCAACGAAGUAGAGGACGUUGACGAUAAAAAUGAUAUAAAAACCGAAGCACAACCGACUUUCAUCGAAGAUGAGUUCUGUGUCUCCACAAGGAAAUUUGCAAUAGGAAUCGCAAUAGCUGGAGUUCUCUUAAUGUUGGCUAUUAUGCUACUUGUUGCUUGUCUGUUAAGACGAAGAAGACGAAGGAAAGACGUCAGUUCUUCUGGCAGUUCCAUUUAUUCUGGCCCUUAUUCCAACCAUGCCUACACUCGAGACUAGCCUUAAUCCUGGAAUUCCAUUCGAAUGCUAUUGUGAACUUCUCUUCCCUUUCUUCAGUGCCAUCUGCCUUGAGAAUGUCUGUAAUCUCGGAUUAAAACAAAGAUGGCCUUAAUUCUAUUUAUUUUCGGUAGAUGUGGUGCCAAAAUGGCGUUUUCUUCCUAGAAGAGAGAAUAUAGAAUAUUUUUUUAAGAAACUUUUUUCAGGAAAAAUUUUCAUUUUAGAUUUGGAAGCCGAUCUCAAAUUUAAAUUCAGCUGACUUGUUACAACCUAUGAAUACGACAUCAUGUAAAAAAUCUGACAUAGAUCAGAUGCUACUCCUUUUGGAAUCUCAAGGAUUAAACUUUGGGUGAAAGGUUCAUCUGGUGAUGGAAGGUAAAUUUUUAUAAGCCUUUGGAAUCAAUGGUCAUCAGGCAUCUGUUUGCAACAUUGAUUCCUUGGCUUUACAGAUUUCUCUCGAAAAAAUAUCAGGUCUGUAUCCAUGGUUGCCAUUUUUUGUGUUAAAUUUUAAAAUUUUGGUUUAUACAAUGUCGCGAUUAGUUCCGAUUAGAAACAUUGUAUUCCUAAACGUUUUUUUGUUUUAUGUAUCAAUAUUAUCGCGCCAGUAAACGAUACUCUAAAUUUAGGCGUCUUCAAUAUUAUCUGAUUAGGACGUAAGCCAAAAAUUUAGUCGUUUUUAUAAAAUAUCAGAUAUAAAUUCUUAUAAAACAAAAUUACGAAAUUCUGGUGAGGUGUUACAGAAUUGCUGAUGACUGUUGACAUCUCACCUUAAUUGUACAUACUGUAUCAUGUGUGUGUAUCACGUGAUGUCCAUGUUUAUUACAACAUUCCCUGUAAGGCAGCUAAGGUGAUGGUUAGGGUCAUAUGUAUAUAUAUACAUAUAUAUCAGCAGUAUGUGUCGGUGUUUUAGGGGAAUUGAAACGUUGAUUGCAUCAUUGGCGAUCCAAAUCGAUUCGUGUCGACUUUGCUUGCCAAAUGCAAUAAAAGAUUUUGGUGCAAUGUCAUCAUCGUUAUCCGGCCAAAUUCUUAAAAAUUAUAUUUUUUAUUGUUAAGAUCAUAUUUUAUUUUGACUUUUGUAAAUUUUAUUUUCCUUUGUAACUCAG